AUGACUACUAGCAGAGCAACCGAGACCAAAGAGCAAUUUUACAAUUCAAAUGAUAGAGAUGCUGAAUCAGAGAGAUAUUACCAAAUUUUAGAAACUGAAGCUAAAGAGAGGAGAGCCAUGACAGAUCUCAAUCUUGAUAUCGGAGAAAAGCCACUUGAAGACAAGCUGAAGAGCAGAGGCAGACUCCAACCAUUGGUCCCCAAUUUCAAAGAAACUGAAUUUUGUGCUACUGAAGAGCAGCAGUCACCGUGUGAACCUAGCAGCAAGAAAGCUGCUGCACCACGACAAGCUAACUUCUCAAUUGAGGAAGACAAACUUCUUGUAUCUGCAUGGCUCAAUAUCAGCUUGGACCCUGUCAAAGGAACUGGCCAAAAGAGACAACAAUUCUGGAAAAGAAUUACAAAAUACUUUGAAGACAACAAGACGUGGACUGGUGAACGGUCGACAAAAUCACUCAUUAAUCGUUGGUCAACAAUCAGCAGCAGUGUGAGCAAGUUUUGUGGAUAUUAUUCUUCAAUUGAACACUUGAGGAGAAGUGGUUACACAGAACAAGAUAAGAUAGUGGAGGCAAAAGAGACUUACAAGAAAGAAGAACGUCAUGCAUUUGUACUUGAUCAUUGUUGGGUUGUUUUGAGGUUCCAGCAAAAAUGGAUGGAUGAACAUCAAAAUCAAGAAUCUAAGAGACAACAACAGAAGGUUUGUUCUAGUAAGAAUCAUGAUUCAAUCAAUUUAGAAGAUGAUUUAGAAGCUCCUGAACCUGCAAGCUUGAAGAGGCCAAUUGGGAGAAAGGCUGCAAAAGAAGCAAACAAGAAAGCAAAGUCCAACGAUGAAGGUGGCGCAAAUGAGAAGGAAUCUAAAAUCCGUUCUGAGUUGGAAGAGUUCAGAGCAAAGCGAUUAGAAAGUGAUCGCAUAAAGGCUGAACAAUUUAAGUUGCUACUUGAUACUCAGAAAAAGGAAGUUGCUCUUAAAGAGAAGGAACUUGAGCUUCAGGCUCGGAGUGAGGAGAUUGGAAUAAUGUCUAUGGAUACUAGUAAGAUGCUUCCUCAUCAAGUGGAAUAUUUUAUCGGUCUUCAGAAAGAAAUCUUGGCAAAAAGAGCUGCUAAUGGAAAUGAAUAG